AUGUCUCAAUUUAGAGCGAAGCGCCUCGACAUAGGAGGGUUCAUCAACUCAAAGAUCAUCCGCGAUCACACCAAACGGAAAGUCUUUGAGCAACAUGAACCGGAAAGGCAGCGCAACCAGACAAGCCCUCCGAUACCUGAUCCGAAACACAACCCUACCACAAAGCGUACGAGACAAGGCGAAACUACAGUUAGCACGAAUGCAUUGCUAUACCCGAUCGACGGCGAUCAGGAACAGAUGUAUCAUGGGAGGCGUGGCAAAGGGGGUUUUCAGAGAUUUCCGGAUGGGAAGGCAUGCAUCCGCCGCGAGGUGCUAACCCGCCUCCACUCCCUCAACCUGCACACCCUCCGCCUCCCCCUCAACACACCUGAGUCUUCCCCACACAUCCCCAUCCUCACCUCCGCCAACCUCUCCACCGCCAAGCGCGUGGUAAUCUACUUCGGCGAACGCAACCAGGACCUAGGAAUCUUCGCCUACCGCAUCAUCGGCGGCGACGAUGGCAUCAACGCCGGGUCCGCCGUUGAUUUCGUCAAAGGCAUCCAAAGCGGCGCUGCUUCCGGUCCUGGCGACGAAGAGGAAGAGGCUCCUGCUAUCGUGAUCGCGAAUCCAGGACAGCUGAUCUGGUGUCGUAGUCAGGGUCGCGCGAUGGGGAGGAGGGAGUGGGAGAAUCUUCCUAUGGAGUCGGCCGUGCAUCCGGGCUUCAGGUUGGAUGAGGAGACGGGGAGGAAUUUGGUGGAGGGGAAUAGGGAUGAGGUGGAGCAUGUGGAGUCUGUGUUUGAACAUGUUUUAAGGGGUGCUGGAGGCGGGAGGGCGAGGAUUGAUGUGAUUGGAUCGGAGUGGACGGGUGCGGCGGUGGUGAGGUAUUUGGGGAGGCAUUGGGCAACCUGGUCCACCCGCAUGAACGGAAUCUGCCUCAUCGCUCCUCUUCAUGGACUUGAAGACCUGCUACCACACAGCCCCGAUCCAGCCAGCACCAGCACGGAUUCCACCACACAAAUGACGGUUGCUUCCUCAUUCGCAUAUUUUAUUUCCACCCGCUGCCGCGGUUACGUCGUGGACAAAGCACCAAUUGGCACCCUGGUCGAAGGCCGCGCAGAGUUCGGCUGCAAUGUGUAUGCCAGUGGCGAGCACCAUUAUGUCGAGUGCAUCAUGAUCAGGGCAUGGAGGGACAUGCUUGGCUGGUUUGGCAGGUUGAGCAGGGGAGAGCACGGGGCGGAGGAGAAGUGGGAGAUGCCUGAAUCUGGACUGCGAAAGGAGAACGGAGAAGAGGAAGGACAUACGGUGGGAAAGGUGGAUGAGAUGUGGGCUCCAGAUGUUGGGCUUUCAAGUGCUGCGAAGUAG